GGCUCAAUGAUAAACAAGGUUAUGUGUUCAGUCAGCAGCUGGAGGAGGGGGAAAGCAUGGUAGUGUGUACAUUGAGUGGAUAGUGGUGACUGUGGCGAGGACCACGAAGUAGUAGUAGCAGGGGGGUGGGGUGAGUGCUUCUUUUACUAUUAUCAAAAAGUUAACUUUUAAUUCACUUUUACUGAUAACGCGAACUCGACAACAGAAUCCGGCUGCUUGGACUAUGGCUUGGACCAACAGCAAAUUUCAAUUUGCCAUUGAUCGCGGCGGAACUUUCACUGAUAUCUAUGCAAGAUGCCCUGGAGGAAAAGUACGCGUGAUGAAACUGCUUUCUGUCGAUCCGGCUUAUCCUGAUGCCCCUAGGGAAGGUAUUCGGCAAAUUUUAGAAAAGGAGCUCGGCACUUCAAUACCAGCAAAUGAACCUAUUGACGAAGAGAAAAUUGAAUGGAUCAGGAUGGGCACCACAGUUGCCACAAAUGCUUUGCUGGAGCGAAAGGGCGAACGAAUGGCUCUGGUUGUCAAUGAAGGCUUUAAAGACAUUCUUUAUAUCGGUAAUCAAGCCAGACCCCGCAUUUUUGACUUGUCUAUAAAAUGCCCUGACGUUUUGUAUGAGUCGGUGGUUGAGGCACGGUGUAGGGUUUUACUUGAAAAGUCGGAGUGCGAGUUGAACAGCAUUGAGCAGUACCCAAAGGUGACAGGGAAAACAGGUGAAAAAAUAAUAGUCAGUCAAGGUUUGGACGAGGAAAAACUUCGCUCAGAUCUUAAACCCCUCCUGGAAAAGGGUAUCAAAAGUUUGGCUGUGGUUUUGAUGCACUCGUACACGUUCUUCGAACACGAGUUGAGAAUAAACGAAAUCGCCAAGGAAUUAGGCUUCACGCACGUUUCGCUGUCUCAUCAAGUCAUGCCGAUGGUUAGAAUGGUUCCCAGAGGAUUCACUGCUUGUGCAGACGGCUACCUAACACCGCACAUUCAGACAUACUUGAAGAGUUUUGCCUCUGGAUUUAAGAACGGCCUGAAAGGCGUGCAUGUUCUCUUUAUGCAGAGUGAUGGGGGUCUUUCACCAAUGGAGCUGUUCAAUGGUUCAAGAGCAAUUCUGAGUGGCCCGGCUGGUGGUGUCGUUGGCUACGCCAUGACCUCAUGGGACAGUGCUUCAAAGCAACCAAUUAUUGGCUUUGACAUGGGAGGAACCUCGACGGAUGUCAGUCGCUAUGCCGGAGAAUACGAACAUGUUUUUGAGUCCACCACUGCCGGUAUCACGAUUCAGGCGCCGCAGCUGGAUAUCAACACGGUGGCCGCCGGAGGCGGUUCAAUGCUCUUCUUUAGGUCUGGCAUGUUUGUGGUCGGGCCCGAGUCGGCUGGAGCGCACCCUGGACCAACUUGCUACAGGAAAGGUGGACCGCUCACUGUGACCGAUGCAAACCUGGUGCUUGGCCGAAUCCUACCUAAAUACUUUCCAAAAAUAUUUGGACCAAAUGAAAAUGAACCUUUGGAUAAAGAGGGCGUUCUUAAAGCUUUUGAAAGGCUAACAAAUGACAUUAAUGCUUUUGAAAGUAAAGAGCGAGGGGCUGAAUUCACCCCUCGGACUAAGGAGGAGGUUGCCAUGGGUUUUAUCCGGGUGGCCAAUGAAGCCAUGUGCCGACCAAUCCGAGCUCUAACGCAAGCGAGAGGCUUCGACACCUCGCAGCACAUCUUGGCCUGUUUCGGGGGCGCUGGCGGACAGCACGCGUGUUCCAUCGCGAGGUCGCUGGGCAUGAGCACAGUCCUGGUGCACAAAUAUGCUGGCAUUUUGUCCGCUUACGGCAUGGCACUCGCCAGUGUGGUACAAGAGGCGCAGGAAGCCUGUGCCAAAGUAUUCUGUAAAGAGAAUUUUGCAUUUCUCGAUCAACGGCUGGCUCACUUGAGCGAUGAAUGCAGGAGCAAACUGAAGGAGCAAGGGUUCACAGAUGAGCAAAUAAAAAUUGAGCCCUAUUUGCACAUGAGAUACAAAGGCACUGAUUGUGCUCUGAUGUGCCAUGCUUCCAUUGGCCAACACAGUGAUAAUGUCAUGCAGCAUGGCGACUUUUUAACAUCUUUCCUGGAUAGAUACAAUCGAGAAUUUGGCUUUGUAAUACCGGAGAGACAGGUUUUGGUCGAUGACAUCAGAGUUCGCGCAACAGGAGAUGUCAUCACAAAUCUUGAGACAGAAAUACAGCCUGCCAAUGCUACGCUGCAAACUGAAGAGAUCACUAAGGUUUAUUUCGAAACUGGCCCGCAAGACAGUCCAGUUUACUUACUCAAAAAUCUUGGACACGGCGCCAAAGUCAAUGGGCCAGCCAUAAUUAUUGACGGCCUCAGCACCAUUUUGGUGGAGCCAGGCUGCAUCGCGGAAGUGACCGCUCAAGGCAAUUUGCGAAUCAAGAUAGGUUUUGCUGGCAAGACAGUCGUCGAUGAGAAAGUAGACCCAAUUCAGCUCGCCAUUUUUUCCCACCGUUUUAUGAGCAUCGCAGAGCAGAUGGGGAGAAUUUUGCAGAGGACGUCAAUUUCUACCAACAUCAAAGAGCGCCUCGAUUUUUCUUGCGCCCUAUUUGGCCCUGAUGGCGGACUAGUGUCCAACGCGCCUCACAUUCCAGUGCAUCUUGGUGCAAUGCAAGAAGCAGUUCAAUUCCAACUGAGACACCUAAAAGACGAUUUGCACGCCGAGGAUGUCAUCCUAUCAAACCAUCCUUGCGCCGGCGGCUCCCAUUUGCCAGACCUGACGGUCAUCACUCCAGUAUUCCACAAUGACAGCACCAAGCCAGUAUUCUUUGUGGCGAGUCGCGGCCAUCACGCUGACAUUGGUGGCAUCACGCCUGGAUCCAUGCCGCCUCAUUCCACUAGUCUAGACCAGGAAGGCGCCGCUUUCAUCAGCUUCAAACUGGUGUCAAAGGGAAAAUUCCAGCAGGAAGCGUUGGAGCAGCAAUUGAAGAAAGCUGGAUCGAGGAAUUUGCAGGACAAUCUCGCUGAUUUGCAGGCUCAAAUCGCCGCCAACCGCAGAGGCAUCCAAUUAGUACAAGAACUCAUCGAAAGCUAUGGCCUGAACGUAGUGCAGGCGUACAUGAAGCACAUCCAGACAAACGCAGAGCUAGCCGUCAGGGACAUGCUCAAACAAGUGGCUGAAAGCAGUAAAACCGGUUCGCUUCUGUCGGCUUCGGAUUUUAUGGACGACGGCUCUGUCAUCAAUCUGUCUGUCAAAAUCGACCAAGAGGCCGGCAGCGCUGUCUUUGACUUCAGUGGCACCACUUGGGAGGUCUGGGGUAAUGCCAAUGCGCCCAGGGCGAUCACUCUAUCCGCUAUUAUCUACUGCUUGCGGUGCAUGGUCCAGCAUGAUGUCCCAUUGAAUCAGGGUUGUCUGGUUCCCGUGAAGGUCGUGAUUCCCAAGGGCUGUUUGCUCGACCCGUCUGAAAACGCGGCUGUUGUUGGCGGAAAUGUGACGACCUCUCAGAGAAUAGUUGACGUUGUGUUUCGUGCGUUUUCCACUUGUAGUGCCUCCAAUGGCUGCAUGAACAACAUUACCUUUGGCACCGACACCUGGGGUUACUAUGAAACCGUCGCGGGAGGAGCUGGAGCCGGUCCGAGUUGGCACGGCAGGGGAGGUGUGCACACGCACAUGACAAAUACCAGAAUCACUGACCCUGAGAUUGUGGAGAGAAAUUAUCCAGUCAUAGUAAAUCAUUUCAGUUUACGACCUGGCUCUGGCGGCGGCGGCCGGUGGCGGGGCGGCGACGGCGUCCGCAGGGAGUUGCUCUUCCGCACUCCGGUCACUCUGUCUGUGCUCACGGAACGACGCGUCUUCAGGCCAUACGGUCUUUUCGGCGGAGAAGACGGCGAACGGGGCCAAAACCUUUUGAUCAGGAGCGACGGCCGCAUCAUCAGGCUGGGAUCAAAGACGGCGGUCAGAGUGAACGCUGGGGAAACGUUCCGACUUUUGACCCCUGGUGGCGGAGGUUUCGGCAAGGGAUGCCAAGAGAGCGAAGAAGCAACACCGGGUGCGAAUGUGCAAACUUUCGUCGAGAGGGGUAGCGUUUAUGAAUACCGUCAGGCGCAAGAAUCCGCCUGAUUAUCACGUCAAUUCAAUUGUUCUUGAUUAAUAAAGUUGUUGUUGUUGUUGUUUAUCCAGUUA